AUGGGUACAGGCCAUCGCACAAUUUGCGGGUGUUUCGUCCCAGCGAAUGGCCAUGUCCGGGUGGCAGCCACUAACAAAGGCACAAAUGAGGAGCUCAACGUUGGAAACCACGACGCGCACAUUCAGCAAACGGCUUUCGCACGAGAGCUGAACGCCAGGCUGGUGGAGCGGUUAAGCAAAAAAUUUAGCUCAUCCUCAGAGCACCUCACUGAGGUCACGCGAGUGGCCAGUGAAAUUUUCCCCAACCCUCCAAAAGAUGAGCACUUCCACCUCUUCAACUUAUCGCAAUUUUCCCCUGAAUUUGCCGACCAAUUUGGCGCCAAACCCUAUGCCAAGCUGCAGGACUGCAUUACGCCCAUCUACCUGGCCGCUAUCAGGUAUUGGCACGAAGGCGUGGAAAGGCUGGCGAUUGAUGGGACCUCGAAUUCACUUGUAGGCAAAACAUAUCUGGCACUGAUGCUUUCUGCAUUGCAUGGUAAUCCGUUGGACGAACUUGCAUCAAUUUUUGAAAGCAAGGGGAGGACCUUUGAGCAGCUCUCCAGGUUCACCGAUGGCAUAUCCCAGCGGAUUUGCCAAGAGCUUUUUCGUCUUAUUGGCUUCAACACCAAUAAAGCUGCCGGGUACGAUGAUUCGGAGGCAGACAUGGACAAGAAUGAUAAGUUCCAGUUCAAGAGGCUAGUACCUAAACCCGCACUACGUAAUAGCCUGUACAGGCGCUCUUACGGCUUUGAGGUACACGACCUCUACCGCUUAAGGUCGAAAAGUAGCUCGCCAAAUAAGGUUGCCAUGUUGAUAAGCGGUGGUGUUGACUCAUCAGUGGCACUGUGGAUGCUCAAAAGCCAGGGUUACAACGUGCAUGCCUUCUACCUUAAGGCCUUUGGCAGCGACUCUCCAGGCUGUACCGUUGCGGAGGAUAUACGCUACGCUACGGACUGCUGCAAUGUGCUCGGUGUUCCGUUGCAUAUUUUACCAGUAGAAGACGUUUAUAAUCGCGCCGUAAUGCAGUACAUGGUUGAGGGAUACCGCGCCGGAAACACACCUAACCCAGAUGUCAUCUGCAAUAGGGAAGUAAAAUUUGGCUAUUUCCUCAACUUGGCCACCUCUGAGUUUGGUUUCGAUAUGGUGGCCUCUGGACACUAUGCUCGCAUUAAUCCGCAGUAUUUCAUCCCCCCGCAGCAAUCAAAUGGGACGCAGUCGUCAUUUGUAAGGUUCAACGAGUUGGAAACGUCUUAUUAUGUUAAUAAGGACCAGACAUAUUUCUUGUCUAGGCUGAGCUCGGCACAACUGGGUAAGAUGAUUUGUCCCCUUGGCGUACAUAAAAAGAAAAUGGUGCGUGCAUUAGCUUACAUAAAUGGUUUAGGCACUCAAGCCCGCGAUGAUUCUAUGGGCGUCUGUUUCUUGGGGCGGCUAGAUCUCCGCCAGUUCCUUAAGGCCCACCUGGGCGAAACCCCUGGUCAGAUUAUCGACUAUAAGAGCAAGCAGGUUAUCGGUCAGCAUACCGGCCUCUACAACUACACUAUUGGCCAGCGCCAAGGCCUUGGAGUGUCAAUUGACCACGGAGGAGAGGAGGGUGGGUGGUUUGUUGUUUCAAAGGACGCCGCGAGCAACACUCUUUAUGUUACUAAAGAAUACAAUUCUAGGCAUUUCACGGGCAGGUCAUGCAUUAGACGCGCCUUUUCACUAGCCCACGUGCGUUGGAACAACCCAAUUCUCCUUAAUAGUCACGGGAUAAACGAGGCAGAUUACAUUAAGGCUGAGUGGGAGCCCCCGAUAACGCGAAGAGAUAUUAAGACUAUGCAGGACCUGACGCUCGAUCGCAACGUUGCCUCCACCGAAAAAUUAUUUUUAAAGGUUCGUAACGGCACUGUAUUAUACGAGGCGGAGCUCAAGCUCAGCCCCCCCAUCCGCAAAGGCCAGGGCGUAACGCAGCACGGCUGGGCUGUGCUUGAUCGAUCUGACCCAGGACUGGCCACUGGUCAGUACGCAGCUUUAUACCGCGGGAACAUCUGCAUUGGCUCAGGGAUCAUUUACCAAUCCUUUUGA